AUGACUUCCAUAUUCCCCAGCGCCGAGCACCCCACAAUGAGCAGCAAAGGCCCAACGACAACUUUCCUGUCAAAAGGGAAAGAAGACGAAGAAGGCCAACUAGAUACAUCAACCGCCUCUCAAGAUGGAAACGAGAAGCCGCAGCCCAAAUCUCUCAAGUUCAAACUCACCGUCUUCUUCCUGGCUCUUGUAACGGUCGUCGGCUCCAUGGAUGCCGUGAUAGUUGGCUCCGCACUCGAAGCCAUCGCGAAAGAUUUGCAAAGCAGCAGUGUCGAGUCCUUCUGGGUGGGAACGUCCUUUCUCCUGUCGCAAACAGUCAUGAUCCCGCUCUAUGGCACGACCAGCGAGAUCUUCGGUCGCAAGUGGCCCAUCCUCAUUGCGCUCUCCAUCUUCCUUUUCGGCAGCAUCCUCUGCGCUACAGCGCAAACUAUCACGUGGCUGAUUGGCGCGCGCGUGGUUCAGGGCAUUGGUGCAGGAGGCAUGAUUCAGCUGGUACAGGUCAUCCUGUCUGACAUCUCGACCAUGAGCGAGCGCGGUCUCUACAUGGCCAUCGCAGCGUUCGCGUGGUCACUAGGAACGGACAUCGGGAUCCCGAUUGGGGGUGCGAUUGGGGAGAGGACGACCUGGCGGUGGAUCUUCUACAUCAAUAUCCCCGUUUGUGUGAUUUGUAUAGUGGGAUUGCUGUAUGCGUUGCAGUUGCAGAAUGAUACGUCGUCAUUUGUCAAGAAGCUGGGGAUGCUGGACUGGGUGGGACUGGGUGUGUUCACUUGCGCGUCGACGCUGUUUCUAGUUGGAUUGACGUCGGGGGGUGUUUCGCAUCCGUGGAACUCGGCCGCCGUCCUGGCUCCGUUGGUACUUGGAGCGAUUCUCUUUUGUGUUUUUAUUCUUACGCAGUGGCGGGUAUCGAAGAGGCCCACAAUGCCAUUGCGCAUAUUUAACGAUCGCUCUGCGAUUGUCGGGUUCAUGACGAGCUUUCUGCACGGGUUGGUGUUUUGGUGUGUGACUUAUUAUAUGAUUGUCUUCUUCCUCGGCGCUCUCCAACAUUCCGUCCUCCACGCCUCCCUCGAGACAAUGACCUGCAUCGCCUACUCCGCCCCCGCAGGCCUCGUAGCUAGUAUGGUCGUCAAACGCACCCAGCACUUUAAGUAUAUCAUCGUGGUGGGAUGGGCUCUUCUUGCAGCCGGAAUGGGGUCAAACGUAACAAUGCACCCUGACUCCAGCAAAGCCAUGCUUUACGGCCCCCGCGUCCUCGUCUCGCUAGGCGGCGGCCUCCUCUUUCCAACGCCCAUCUUCGCCGUGCAGGCCUGUCAACAUGGCGAUGAUAUUGGCAUCGCAACGUCCAUACAGGUCUUUGCGCGUAGUAUGGGGACAGCUUUUGGUGUAGGGCUAGGGGGCGUCAUCUUUCAGAAUCAGUGGAGCAAGGAGGUUAAUUCUGCUGUGGUAGCUGGACGCAUACCCCAUGAGUUAAUUGUGGAGAGCAAUGUGGCGGAGACAGCGUAUGCAGUCAUUCGGAAGUUUCCCGAAGCGGUGCAGGAGGCUUAUCGGGGGGUUUAUGCAGAUAGUUUGGCGACUAUGUGGUAUGUCAUGAUGGGGUUGUCUGUUGUGGGGUUCAUGGUUAGUUUAGUGGUGGGUAGAGAUGAUGUUAUCAGUGGGGGAUUGGCAGGAAAGCAAAAUUUUAGGGAUGAGGAGAAGGAGGGGGAUGCAGAGGAAGGCAAGUAG